GAAGUUAUAUGGCACAGCAAGUGCAGAUGUGGCACAGAAUUGGAAGGGUUGCUUUAUUUCGGAAAUGUCACAAAUUCGUUCCGGCUCCAUUAUUUGCAAAUAUCACCAAAUCAAUAGCCCCCCGCUCCAUGUGCAAAGACCUACUCAAUCUCCUGUCAAUCCAGAUUUCUCAACCGUAAAAUAUUCUCAUUCACUAAUAAUUUCAACUCUAUUAUCUGACGUCUGGGUAAAUCUUUUCUUCCAAGUCCUCAAAACCUUUCAUAAUGUGGUGGCCAUUUGGUAAAAAGUAUCCUGAACACCAUCCGGAACACGCUAAUGGUCAGAAUUACGACUAUAUUGUGAUUGGAGGUGGUACAGCUGGAUGUGCUUUGACUUCACGAUUGAGCGAAGAUCCAAAUGUCUCCGUCCUGCUUCUUGAGCGCGGACCUGCCAACGACAACUUUAUGUCCCGCAUACCCAUUGUGUCAUCGAACAUCUUACGCGCUGAUGGUGGUGCUUCGAGCUGGGAAUGCGAACCUAUGAAGUAUUGCAACAAUCGCCGAAGCUUGGCCUUCUGCGGUGAAGUGAUGGGUGGAGGCUCUAGAAUCAACAGCAUGGUGUACACACGUGGCACUGCUGCAGAUUAUGAUGCCUGGGCACAGUUAGGUCAUCCAGAUUGGAGUUAUGAAAAGCUUUUGCCUUAUUUCAUGAAGAGUGAGACCUUGCUGGGCUCGCAAAGAUCGGAUUUUCGCGGGGAUUCUGGCCCAUGGAUCAUCCAAUCUUUCCCCUAUCAAACUUGGGCUUUCACAGCGUAUCGGGUCUUUUCGGAUGCUGCUAAAGCUCUGGGCUUUGUUCAAAUUGACGAUCCAAACACACCUGACGCUAAGACCGAUGGACUCACGACGGUCUUUUCUACCGUGAAUGAGCAGAGACAGAGAGUAUCCACUUUCGACGCUUUUCUUCCUCGGGAAAUUGCUUUGAAACGAGAGAAACAUUUGACGAUCUGCACCAACACGAUUUUAUCACGAAUCGGAUUCUCCCAAGAAGAUGGGAUUCCGCGUACUGACAGAGUUUUCUUUAAACUUGCCAAUCCAAAUUCUGACAAAAUAUACUCGGCCAAAGUCAAUAAAGAGGUCAUUGUCUGCUCAGGGUCUUUGGGUUCACCCCAAGUUUUGAUGCUGAGUGGAAUCGGACCCCAAGAACAUCUCGAAGAAAAAGGAAUCAAGGUGAUCAAAGACCUACCAGGUGUGGGAUCCGAAUUGAGCGACCAUCACGGUAUUCCUAUUGCUUGGAAAGUUCCAGUCAAAGAAUCACUCACGAGACUGGUGAUACACCCAAUAUUAGGCGCGCUUGAAUUCUUUAAAUACAUGCUUUUCCGUUCCGGUAUUCUUAGCAUGCCCAUAAACAACAUAACGCUUUUUGUGCGAUCUGUUAUACUCAACAAGGAUUUUGCUGGAAUCAGUGAUGAAAAGCUUGCCGGAGCAAGUAGUAAAAUCGAAGACCUGAUUCCAGAUAUCGAGCUUAUGCCCCUCGCUGUCACUGCUAUGGACGAUCUUGAGGAACACCAACGUUUGUUCUCUAAAAUGGGAAUGUUCUCUAUUUUGGCCACUCUUGCAAAACCCAAGUCUCGUGGAACUGUUCGUCUUGCUUCUACAGACCCGCACCAAAGACCAAAAGUCGAUUUUGGCAUUCUGUCUGAUCCUGAAGACUACGUAGUUGCUCGAGCCUCUGUACGACUUUCCUUGAAGGUGGCGGAGACUAUGAAGGGCUUAGGCUUCCCGCUUCAAGAAAAUAUAACUUUCCCAGAAGACAAGCAGGAGAAGGAUGCUAAGAACAACAACAACGAAGAAAUUGAUGAGUUCAUACGUCGCAGAAUUAGGACCAUAUAUCACUACUCUUCUAGCUGCAGAAUGGCCCCUGUGAACGAUGCCAAGGCUCCAGGCGUAGUGGACGAUCAAUUGAAGGUUCAUGGCGUGAAAGGCUUAAGAGUCUGCGAUACUAGCAUAUUCCCGCAGAUCAUAUCACAUCACCUACAAGCACCAGCUGUAAUGGUGGCAGAAAAGUGUGCGGAUCUCAUCAAAGCUGAGGGGUUUGAACGUUAGAACUGCUUUUUCCCUUCUCUAGUUCUGGGCCAUAUAUACAAUGAGGUAAUCAACCACAGAAGCUGAAGAUAGAUAGUCAUGAUAGAUCUUUCAUGAGCACAAUUCUAACAGCAUACUCCAGCGCCUUAUAAAUAAUUACAUUUUGACUAUAUUUGGCUCACAAUUGAAUGCGACAUUCAAUAGAUACCUGUCUGACUUCCGCUAGCAUAUAAAGUAAUAAACGCUAGAGAAGCCGUGAAAAGCA